AGCCAGUGCUGGUCAGUGCUGAAAGUGCAACAGCUGGCUUCCAGCAAAUUGUGUGUUAAAUUUAUGUUAAAAUGCCCAUAAACUGCAAGUCCCAGUGCGGAAAUCGGGCUGCUUUGAAACGACCGAAAACCGGCGAUGCCCUGUGCAAGGAGUGCUUUUUUGCCGCCUUCGAGGCGGAAAUCCAUCACACGAUCUCCUCCAGCCACUUGUUUCGGCGUGGUGAGAAGGUGGCCGUGGCGGCCAGUGGAGGCAAGGAUUCCACUGUCCUGGCGCAUGUCUUGAAACUGCUAAACGAACGCCACGAUUAUGGCCUGGAACUGGUGCUCCUUUCCAUUGACGAGGGCAUCACUGGCUAUCGGGACGACAGUUUGGAGACGGUCAAGCAGAACCGUGACGACUACCAGCUGCCCCUGAAGAUCCUGUCCUACGAGGAGCUCUACGGCUGGACCAUGGACCGCAUUGUGGGGCAGAUCGGGCGCUCCAACAACUGCACCUUUUGCGGGGUUUUCCGCCGACAGGCCUUGGAUCGAGGAGCCAAGCUGCUGGGCGUGGACAGCAUAGCCACGGGCCACAACGCCGACGACAUUGCGGAGACGGUGCUGAUGAAUGUGCUCCGUGGGGACACGGCACGCCUGCGUCGCUGCACAGACAUUCGGACCGGCGGCGGCGAGGAUUCCAUUCCACGUGUGAAGCCCCUAAAAUACAGCUACGAGAAGGAGAUCGUGAUGUAUGCCCACUACAAGAAGCUUGUCUACUUCUCCACGGAAUGUGUAUUUGCCCCCAAUGCGUAUCGCGGCCAUGCCCGAGCCUUUCUCAAAGAUCUGGAGAAGGUGCGACCUUCGGUUAUCAUGGACAUCAUCUACUCCGGCGAGCAGCUGCGAUUCAAGGACACCGUGAAGAAACCAGUUCGUGGCAUAUGCACUCGCUGUGGCUUCGUUUCCUCACAACAGCCCUGCAAGGCGUGUGUCCUUCUCGAGGGUCUGAAUAGAGGAUUGCCCAAGCUGGGCAUAGGCAAAAAGUCCAAGGGCGAGCGAAUGAUUGCCAAGCAGGACCAGGAACUGGCCCUACGGGAGCGAGCAAAUUUAGUAAAAAACGAUUUUUAACAUUUCAA